AUGGCUCGCCGAUUGCACGUUCGGCCUCCUUUCCGUGCUGACCAUGUUGGGUCUCUCCUACGACCUCAAGCACUCUAUGAUCUGCUACAGGAAGGGAAAUGUUCCAUCAAUGAUCUCGAGGUGGCUCAAAACGAAGCGGUGAAGGAAGUCGUUUCCCUUCAACAAGAAGUCGGGAUAAAGACGAUCACAGACGGGGAGAUGCGAAGAGCGCAGUUCUUUGAAGGACUGUUCGACCUGUUGGAAGGAAUGGAAUUCCAGCCCGAACGGCCCAUCACUGAGUUCAAGAAAUAUAUUUCCUUCAUUGGGUUCCUGCUCGCGUCUGGCGUUCCGCACUUUCCCUCUGUCUAUUGCAAUGGAAAGAUCAGAAGGACCAAACCGUUCUAUGUUGACCACUUCAAGUUUCUCAAGAACCUGGUGUCUCCAGAAAAUGUCAAGAAUAUCAAAGUCAACAUGUGUGCUCCAACUUGGUUCCAUCAGCGCCACGGGAGCGACCAAACGUAUGAUCUAAAUGUCUAUAAGAACGAUGAUGAAUACUUCGACGACUUAGCUUGCGCGUAUCGCGAAGAGAUCAGGGAACUUUAUGAUCUAGGAUGUCGCCAUAUCCAAAUCGAUGACCCAACCUUUAUAAUCUUCUGCGACAAUCGCACUGUUAAUGGGAUGGAAGAAGCUGGCGUCGAUUCUCGGGCAUUGUUGAACACGUACAUCCGUGCCAUCAACCUCUGUACUCGAGACAGACCCGAAGACAUGACCAUUAGCCUCCACAUCUGUAGAGGAAAUUAUAGGGGGCAACAUUUCUUUGAAGGUACAUACGAUGCGAUCGCGGAUCAGGUAUUCCAUAAAUUAGAUGUCGAUGCCUUCUACCUGGAGUAUGACGAUGAACGUAGUGGAACCUUCGCCCCCCUCAAACAUAUCCCAAGGAACAAGGCGGUUGUCUUGGGUCUCGUAACCACCAAGCGUGAUGAGCUGGAGACCGUCGAAGGAUUAAAAGCAAGAGUCCAUGAAGCUGCCACAGCGAUGUCACAAAGCGGAGUCCGCUCAAAGGAGGAGGCUCUGGAUCAGUUGUGCAUCAGUCCGCAGUGUGGAUUCGCGUCGGUCUGGCAAGGCAAUCCUAUUCCGCAGGAGACCCAGAAACAAAAGUUGUCUCUCCUGGUCGAGGCGGCCAAACAGAUUUGGCCGGAGUAA